AUGAUUUCUCUUAAAGAUGCCAUUGAAGAAUAUAACCAAGAGAGCCUUUCAGUAUGUUCUAGUAUGGAAGUACUUGAUGAUGGCAAUUUCGCUAUAGCAAUUAUAACACCAUUAAUGAAACGUAUAAGUUCAAAUUUUGAAGAAAGUGGAGAAAUUCUUUUUAUCGAUGCAACUGGAAAUGUUGACCGUUUUGGUUGUAAGGUUUUUUUUAUCUAUACAAAUAGUUGUGCUGGUGGGAUGCUUGUUGGUGUUAUUAUUUUAACUAGUGAGGCAUCGAAAAUAAUAAAAUUAGGUUUAGAAUUGUGGAAGAAGUUAUUACCACCUAAUGCAUUAGGUAAUAGAGGCAUAAAUGGCCCAAAAGUAUUUAUGUCUGAUGACUCUGCCGCUGAAAGAACUGCUUUACAUGAAGUAUUUCCAAAAGCAACACUUCUUCUUUGUAUUUUUCAUGUACUUCAAGCCACCUGGAGAUAUUUAUGGGAUUCCAAUCAUGGUAUUCCUUUAAAAUUCCGUUCAAUUCUUUAUUCUGGAAUAAAGAAAAUGGUAUAUGCAGAAAAUAAUGAUGAAUUAAAUAUUAGUUUUAAUAAAAUAUUGCAACACCCUUUAACAAACGAAUUCCCGCGAUUUAGAACAUAUGUUGAAAGAUUAUUUGAGAGGAAAAGUGAAUGGGCAAUUUGUUUAAGAGUUAAUUUAAUAACAAGGGGGCAAAAUACUAACAACAUUAGUGAAGCUGGCGUAAAAAUCAUGAAAGAUGUUGUACUAGAUCGAACAAAAGCAUACUCUCCAGUUCAAUUGUUCUUUUUUAUUGUUCAAGACUUGGACACAUUUUAUAAAAUGAAAAUUCUUGAUGUAGCAGCAAACCGCCCGCCUCAAUAUCUAAAAAAAAGAUUUUUAAUUACAAAAAUACAACAAAAAUCAUUAAAAUAUGAAGCUAUACAAUCAAGUGACUCACUUUACUUAGUCCAUAAUACACUGAAAAAUACCACAUACAAUAUUGAUCUAGAUACUGGCUUAUGUUCAUGCCCACAAGGAAAUACUGGUAAACCCUGUAAACAUCAAAUAUUUGUAGCGAAAGAUUUAAAAAGAGAACUUGGCCUUUGUUUACCUGUAACAGAAGAAAUUAGGAACAAACUCCAUGUAAUAGCAACAGGAUGUUCAGAGAUUCAAGAUGGAUGGUAUAGCUCCACUUUUGAGAAAAUUGCAACUGACAAGUGUAUUAAUGUACAACAUGAUCACGCUGAAAUUGAAAAAGAAAAUGAUCAAAUCUUACAAAGUAAUUUAAUUACAGAAAAUGCUUCAUAUGAUUAUAAUGUCACUAAAUUUAAUGAGAUGAUUGAAAAAAUUAAAAGUACAUGUUUAUCUGAUGUUGAAUAUUUUUUACCUAGAAUGAAUAACAUGGUUAAAUCGUUUGAUAAAACAUUGCGAACAGAUUCUUCUUUACUGUCACUUGUCAGCUAUGAUGACAUUUAG